GGAAAUCAUUAACGGAAUGUGCAUUUUGACAGGCCUGGUGGUCGGCUUCAUGCUGACUCUGAGCAGCUACGUGUACCUGGUGGAUCUGAUGGUCUUCUUCGUCACCUCCUCGAGAGCCACCAAAUACAAGUCGUCAAGCAAGCGCAAACUGGAGGAGAAUUUCAAAGAAGGUGGUGAACGAAACUGGGUACAAGUGGUUUGCAAUGGUGGAGUUGCAAGCUUACUGGCCUGGCUCUUCAUCGUGGACUGUGGGUGCGGAGAAAACCCAGUAGACCUCGUGUACAAAUACCGUUGCUCCUGGCUUAGCAUUGCUAUUCUUGGUGCACUGGCAUGUUGCAACGGUGACACAUGGGCCUCUGAGCUGGGGGCAGUCAUGAGUUCCGGAGAACCUGUACUUAUUACGUCUCUUCAGCCCGUACCACGUGGAACAAAUGGAGCUGUAAGCACCUCAGGUAUCGUCAUGAGCCUCUUGGGAGGGCUUGUAGUGGGCAUCGGGCACUACUUAACACUACUCAUGUUUGUGUCAAGUCCCGUUAUGAUCUCAGCACCGGCUCAGUGGCCCAUAAUCAUAGUAGGGGCAGUUGGAGGACUUCUCGGUAGUCUCAUUGAUUCGGUGAUUGGAGCUACUAUGCAGUUCUCAGGUAUGGAACUAGGCAUGGACUCAAAUGGAAAGAUUGUUGAAAGACCCGGAGAUGGAGUGAUACCAAUAUCGGGGUCAUACAUCUUGGACAACCAUGCGGUCAACCUCAUAAGCUCUCUCCUAACUGCUCUCCUGCUCCCAAGGAUUGCCCUUGCGAUCAUGUAGAGAAAUAACUCACAAAAUAAUGUCGAUCUGAUUUGUUUAUAAAGAAUAGCUGUAGAUUUCCUUUUUUUUUUUUUUCAAAAUUUUCUUCAUUCAUACAUGAACAAAUUUCUUUCUUGGCAGCUCUUACAUAGAGAUGCAAGAUCAUGAAUCUGUGUCAGUUUAGGGUGACAUUAGGUAUAUUUUUCGAAUUCCUGUUGAGGAUACUAACUGUGACUGUGAUAAGGGCAGCAUCUUACGAAUGUAUUUGGUUGACUGAGGUGUAUUGGAGAGGACCCUGCUGUGGAAGUGCUUCCCUUUUCGUUAUGUAUGCUUUGGCCAGUGUUGUAGGAGGGACACUUUCCACAUUCAAAACACAACUUGGAAGGAGGAAAAGUGUUACUCUCAUUACAGUGGUUGUCUUCUUAUUUUCCGGUGCUAAAGUGGGCAUUUGGUAGUUAGCUCUCUCAUCCUGUUUGCAUAGAUGAUAACGGUCUUUUCAGAUUGAUUUUAUUGUUUGAAUGUUACUGCUGUGUGUGAAAUAGGUGGAGGUGUUUGAUGGCCGUUAUGCUGUAUAUACUCUAGAAGAUUUGGUAAAGAACAAAAGAUUAUUGUUAUUUUGAGGUUUGUAUUCAUAUACAUUGUACUUACAGAUUUUGUUGUUGUUGUUUUUAUUUAUUUAUUCAUGUCUUAUUUAAUUAGUUUUGAUCAUUAUUAUUACUAUCAUUAUUAUAAUCAAUGUCAUUAGCAUUGAUGAUUACCUGAUUACGUUUGGACAUCAGUCAAUAAUAAGUGGACGAGUAUGACAUUCUUUUUGAUAUGAAAAUGAUUUGGAAGUGUGGAAGAAAGCAUUGGGAAAAAGUGUCGAAGAGGAAAUGGUAACCUAGAGUUUAUUUUGCUUUAUUUUGUUAAUUACUUGAAGGGAGAUAAAAUGAUAAUUCUUAUUUGACAGAGGAAGAAUAAUCUAAGAAAAUACUCUGUUAUUUAUUAAUCAUGGAGAUAGCAAAGUUUAUUUUGUAUUCAAAGGGAAGAAUAUGGGUUGUUAUUUGUUGUUGAAAGAAGAUUGACUAGUCCUUUAUUACUUAUUCCUGUUGUUUGUUCAAGAAAGAUGAAAUUGUUAUUUGCUAAUUCAGGGGUUGAGUGAGAGGACUAAUAUGUUGCUCAUGGAGUAUCUAAGAGAAGUAUGUACGAGGUGCAGAAGCAAAUCUGUUAAUCAACUUAUGUUGGGCAAACGUCACAGUAUGAUCAGUUAAUGGAUGAUUGAUCAAUUAUAAGGGCUUACAUUUUCCUUCCCAAGCAUUUAUACAAGAUCCUGAUACCGGUGAUGAUUGGUAUCCCCUACGGUUGGUUAUGCUAUCUGUGAUUAUUGCUGCUUGUACUUGAUCACCGUGUUGUACAGUAGAGAGCAUACCCAUGGUAUGCUCGGCCUUUGUUUGCAACUGAAUGUUUCAGAUGUAUUCUACUUGUGUUUUGCUAGCUGUGAGGUGUUUGGACAGUGUCUUGUGAUUCUGUGACAGUAUUAAUAGUGUAGUGUAAGCGAGUCUAUCAAUUUUGUGGGCAAAGGGCAUUAUUCUUCAUUUUCAUUUCUAUUUCUUUAAUCUCCCAUUUGUUAAGUAAUGUAAUGUUGUUGUGUUUUUGUUGAAGUAAUUAUUACAAAUGCACUUGAGCUAGUUCAGAACCUUUUUCUUAUGAAACUGUCAUUAUCAAGUGGCAAGAAAUGCAUCUCUGUUUACUCUGUUAUAGUCAUUGUAUAAGCAUUAACUUUGGGGUCCUUUUUAGGGAAAUGUAAUUGGAUUGUAUUGAAGGAGUUGCCUUUAUUGUAUUGGUUGUCAUUCCUUAGGUUUCACAAUGCAAUUAUGAAAUGUUUGUAGCUUAUAUUGCUGUUAUAUACUUGUGAUUUUUGUUUUUGUUUUCUAACGGUUUGUAAAGGAUAUGUACAGUGUAGGUACAAGAUGGAAGAGUGAAUGAUUUAGGAUUAGAGUGUGUGUAGUAAUAUAUAACGCUAACACUCACACUUACACAUAUAUGCAUAUAUACAAAACAUACAUGCUUAAAUAAAUAAUACCAGAUGCAUAUCUGUUGAUUUUUAUUGGAGGGUGCAAGUCUCUCUUAGGCAAUGAGGUGGGCAUUAGCAAAAAUUUAUCUGUUUUUUGUCAGAUAAGGGAAGAUAUUCCAGAACACUGAGCAGUAGGGGUGUAGGCAUUGAAUAUUUUGUUAAUUUUUUUUGUUGGAAUAGGGGUCUGGUGUGUGCCUCUGAUUUGCCUACAGAGAGAGAGAGAGAGAGAGAGAGAGCAUGGGCACUCUCUGAGCCCCAUUGGUACAUGUGUAUGUCAUUGAUAUAAAGCACAUUUUGAAAACAAUUGCACUUGCAUUAUUAAGGUUAUAUAUAUAAAAUACUGUAUAUCUCGUGAAAAUUUUAUGGUUUAGACGAGUAUGUGCAUUACCAACUCUUUGAUGUUAUGUCUGAAAAUAUUGAGUGUUCCAUUUUGUAACUGAAUACAAAGAUUGAAAUGAAAUAUAUUUAUAUUUUUGUUUGAA